GAAAUACGGAAAAGGAAUACAUGGAAUAUAAGAUACAUUCCAGUCGCAUUAAAUAAUAACAUAGUUGUUAAAAAUGAUUAUGUUUUUAUUAGUAUAUAAAUGCGAUUCAAAAUGAGUUUGUAAUGUAUAUAUUAUGUUAAUGUGCUAUGAAAUUUGCAACUACAUUCUGUUAGAAAUGUAGAAUUUAAUUUCCUCUUUUGAAGCGAUGAUGUUUACCCCUUUUUGAUAACAAUCCAUGUCCUAAAAAUUGGAAUGAUGAAGCUAAAAAUAAAAGGAGUAUGACACUUGGUAAUUGCAUACUUUUAGGAAGUACUGAAAUGAUGUAAUUAUAGUGCCAAGUUUGAAAACUUUUGGAAUUUUUCCAAUACAAUAUCUUAAUGAAACAUGGCGAAGCCUGCGGUAGCAGAAGUGUCUGCGGAGGAAUUGGAAAAAGUUGCAAAGGAAUUAGGUUAUAAUAAAUUGUAUGAUAAUUUUUAUGUAGUGAAGAGUAACGGAAAAUUUUUGAAAGAUUGUGAUGAAUUGGAUAGUCUUGAUAAAACUUAUAAAGGCGUGAAAGAAAUUUGCAUUAAGCUAGUAAGUUCUUUAGAAAAAAUAGCUGAUAUAGGGAAGAAUAAAACAGAAUAUGAUGAUUACUGCAAUUAUUUACCUCAUUGGUUAUUUGAUGAAGUAGGAAAAAUAUAUAAACCAGCACCCUCAAAGAAGGACGAUACUAUACCAUUUUUUAAUAAGCUUGCUGAUAUAGGGAAUAAGGUCAAUUGGAAAAUUCCUCGAUACAGGUGUAAUACUUUACCUUCUAGAAAUUAUGUUAGUUUGGAUGAACGAAAAAACAGAAAAAAUGCAUAUAUAUAUUUAAAAAAAUAUGAAGAAAUUAAACCGAUUAUUAACGCUAAAGGUAAAGGUAAAUGUGAUCAAUAUGUUAAAUAUCUUAAUUAUAUUGAUUCACUAAAUAAAAAGUAUAAGAAGGAUGAUUGCAGGGUUUUUUUUUUUUCGUCUCGCCCCAAUUACGCUGAUUGUGAUUCCAAACACGAUCCGAAUAGUCUCAUAUCUAUUUUAAAAGAUUGUAAAGGUACAGAUUCUGCUAGAGGUGGAAGUACAAGUGGUGGAUCAUUAUUUUUUGGUUGGCUUGGUUCAUCAACUGGGUCCUCACGAAGUGGUAAGGUUAGUUCUCCUCCAGAAAACCCCAAGGCUGCUAGUGCAGCAGGGGAUAAAGGAAGACAGGAGGUUUCACAAGGUGUAGCAGGUACACGAGAUUCACCAGGUUUAACAAGUUCAACAAGUUUAGGAGCUUCAGCACGUCCUGUAGUCGGAGCAGCUGGAGGGGGAUUAUCUGGACAAUUAGUCACCACGCCACCUGCAGUAACUUUAAUUCCUAAAGCAGGAGAAAAACCUGAACAAGUUGUCCAUGCAACAUCAUCUUAUAGUUCAGGGCCUGGAGGGAACGCACUACCUGAACCCACUGCUAGUCCCGCUGGUGCUUUGGAAAGUGUAUCUAACAAGUUAGACUCAAACUUUUAUCGUAACAUCAUUAUGGCUGCCGCGAUACUUGGAACGAUAUUCUUCCUUUUCUAUUACAACAUGUCUUCUGGAUUAAAAUCGAGGUUUCCCAAAAGAAAACGAAAGAAAAAGAUAUUUGAACAUAAUUAUUAUGAAGAGUAUGAAAAAGAGUUAGAAGAGUAUGGUUCAGAAGAUAUGUCAUUAGAUUCUGAAGACGAUCGAUACUAUUUGAAUUAUCAGCCUGAAUGA